AUGUUCCAGUUCAGUUUGUUCAUCUGCACUGGCCUCGUUUUGUCCUUGCCUCCGUGCACGUAUCAGUCGUGCGCAGACGGGACACCCAAACAGUGCCUGGACGCAACGUUUGCUCCAGGUUCCAAUUUAGCCGGUGAAGGCUUCGACAUCACCAAAAUGGAGCGCAAAGGAGCGUUUGUGCUCAACAUGAAUCUGUGGAAACGCAAAGAUAAAACCUGCACCCUGUGCAGCAACCCCUACAUGGAGAACACCUGGCAGAAGCUGCCUCUGUCUGUGGUGGACUGGAGGGCCAAGCAGUCCUGCAGCGCUUCAGUGUCCUCGAAACUCCACAAAUCCAGCGAGUCUCUGGUCAGCUCCAGCUCCUCGUCUGUGGAGAACAACUGGAAGACUGAUCUAAAUGUUGAAAUGAAUGAUAAGAGUGGAUCAGUGAUGCUGGCAGGGACCAACUCCAAACUGGCCGAGUACUCCAUGGAGAAGACAAAGAACGACAAGUUCAGCUUUGCAAGUACCAGCAUGUCCUGCGAGUACUACAGCUACAGAGUGACCGGCACGCCAAAGCUGCACAAAGAGUUCAAGAGCGCCUUGAAAAGACUUCCCAAAGUUUACUCUCCGGAGUUCAAGCCACGAUUUUACAAACUGAUUGAAAACUUCGGCACUCAUUACGUCACUAAGGUGAAGCUGGGGGGAAGAAUCAAAUCUGUGACCAGCAUCAGGCAGUGUGAAGCCAGCCUGCAGGGCCUCAGGACGGAGGAAAUCCAGAUGUGUCUGGAAGUCGAGGCGUCCGCGAGCGUCAAAGCGGCGGUAAAAACAGAAGCCAAGCACUGCGCGAAGGAAACGGACAAGAUGGAGAACAAGAAGUCUUUCUCUGACCUCUUCAGUGACAGGUUCACUGAAAUAAAGGGAGGCCUCACCACGGAGCCAGACCUUCUGUUUUCUGCUAACAAAAACCCAUCAGCCUACAAAGAGUGGCUCAACACAAUCCCACAGAGACCGGACAUCGUUUCAUACUCGCUGGACUCGCUUCAUGAGUUGCUGCCCGUCAGCGAUCCUAACAGGAAGAACCUCCGCGCCGCCAUCAGCCACUACAUCCUGGAGAAAGGCCUGUGGAGGAACUGCAGCGAGCACUGCCAGGCUGGGAUCAAGAGCGACUCCAAGGAUUCCUGCGUCUGCCAAUGCCACAACGAAGCCGCCGUGAAUUCAGACUGCUGCCCGACCCGUAAGGGCAUGGCUCGUGUCAUCAUCACUGUGCAGCGGGCCGAGGGUCUGUGGGGAGACCACACCACCGCCACAGACGGUUUCGUGAAGGUGAUCCUCCCUGAGAAGGAUGAGCAUCGUACUCGUGUCAUCAAUAACAACAACGACCCACACUGGAACGAGGUCAUCGACCUGGGCUCCAGGGACAUCUCCUCCGGGAACACGGUCCGGUUCGAGGUUUGGGAUCAGGACAGUGGCUGGGACGACGACCUGCUGGGAGAGUGUCAGAAAGUUCUGGUUUCCGGAGAUAACACGGAGGUUUGCCCUCUGCAGAAAGGCCGACUUUUCAUCAAAUGGGAGGCCAAGUGUGCUCCGAGUCUGAGCGGAGCCUCGUGCACGGACUAUAAACCCUCGCCCAUGAGUCAAAGUCUGAAGGAGCAGUUUGUGUCCCGCCACGCGCAUCCUAUUCCAGAGGCCACGCUGGUAAAGAUGGGAGUGUUCUUGGACGAAACAAGCUCACCGAGAAACCGGAGUGUGACUUAUAAAACCCAGAUUUAA